CCAAACCCACACACAGAGUAACUUCAUUCUUUGCGAUUCUCUCAACACAGCAAUGCAGGAACAAGAGGUAGCUGUAGACAGUGUUCCCCACUCUCUCAAAUUAGGGUUACCCCUUCGAAACGCCGACGAAGAUGAAAAAUUCGUUUCUGGCCUCAGCACCAUCCUCGUCGCUUCAAUUCAAGAAGCCAAAGACAGGAUCUCUCAGAUCGAGCAAAUUUUCUGCACUCAGCUCUAUCCCAAUUUCCAAUCCAAAUCAAAAAUCUCGGAGCAACUGCGGAUCGAGAACCGAAGAGCUUCGGAGGAUUUGAUCGCGAAACGUCGUCGUAUUGAGGAGCUGGAGCGCGAGGUUGACGAAGGGAUGGCGUUGCAGAAGAGCUUGGUGGAGCUCGUUCAGUCCAAGGAGUCCUUGCUCAAAGAUAGCGAAGAGAAGAGAAAAUCGGCGAUUGCGAGAUUCGAGAAUUGCGAGAAGGAAAGAGAUCGGGUUUUGGGGCAAAUUGAUGAUUUGAACGAGAAAUUGCGAAUAAAAUCGCGAGAAGUUGAACAAGGGGAAGACAAGUUGAGGGAACAAGUGUUGGAGAGUGAAAGGAAAUUGGUCAAGUGUUUGGAGGAGAGAGUUGAUGAGGGUUUGUAUCGGAAGUUGCUUGAACAAGUGGAAUCGCUAAAGUGUGAGUUGCAGGCUGAGAAAUUGAAGAGUGAUCGUUUAACUAAAAUCAGUAAGAGCCUUAAAUCUCAACACAUUUUCCUUCGCCGAAAGUGUGGUCUCACUGAAGAAAAUAUGCUUCGACGAAACAAAUCGGAGAGUGAAAGUGAUUUGGCCAAGCAUAAGAGUCCAAUCACAGAACCUGGUCUUGCAUUUGAAGACCCAGAUAUGACGAUGGGUGAUUGUGAAACAGCUGAAGUGAAGAGUGAAAUCCCAGAGGAAGACUUUGGAGGCCUUGAAAAGAGAACUCCUGAUGUGUUUGUUACUCCGUGUGACACAAAUAAAGUGAAGGAGAAGGAAUCGGAUGAUGACAAAGGAGCCAAUUUUAGUCCUCCUCCUUCCAGUUUCCAUGGCAGCCCAAAAUGUCCAUCCAGUACAAAAUUAGUCUCUGUAUCUGGUAGAAAGAGGCCUGCCUCUUCCUGGAGACAAACCUGGUCCCGUCAAAGUCGAGCAGGUCCUGACCCGCAUGAUGAUUUUCUUGAUACUCCUCUUGAGAAUAUCAGAGAAAAUUUAAAUAAGGAAGACCUUCCAUGCCCGAUUCAGAAAAAAAUUAGCACGAACAGCUCAGAUGACGAAACACAGGAUUUGAAUGCUAAAUGCAGUCCCCAGAAGAAGCAAUCUUCAAUUACGGUGGCCAACAAAAGGAGUUUCAAGUAUGUUGAACCAGUGAGGAAGAAAGCUGAGCGUGAAAAUUUGAAAGGAGUUGAGUGUAAACAAUGCAAGAAGUUCUAUGAUGCUGUUCUUCCCAAUGCUGAUGGUAAGGACUCUGAUAGCAGUAAGCAGGAAUUCCGCUGUGAACAUCAUGAUGGUGUUUCUAGGCAUCGAUAUAGGUAUGUUCCCCCUAUGACCCCUGAAGGAUUUUGGAAUAUUGGUUUUGAGUCCGAAUUAUAA